AUGUCGGCAUCAGACCCACCCGAUGAAUUUGAAGAACACGCUAUUUCGGAACGAUGGCGAACAUUUUCGUCGCUUCCAACUACUCAACUUCGCGCGAUAUUGACACAGGAGCAAAUCGAUAUUCAUAUUCUUCGCGACAAACUCUCUGCUGCAGAGAAAAAAGUCGCGAUGAUCAAAACCAUUCUAUCUCCAUUUUCGCGUCUUCCACAGGAACUCAUUUCCGAAAUAUUUCACGUUUACUGUGCCACUCAAGGUGUCAUUUACGACGCGUUCCAAAAACGGAAUUCGCGAACUCGCCCAUCCAAAGUUGACCCGGACAGAAUCGUAUCUGGGGUCUUCACGAUCCCUCCUCAGUUGAUCCUCACACAAAUCUGCAGCUAUUGGCGAACUGUGGCCCACGAGACGCGAUCUCUUUGGACGAAUUUAACCGUAUAUAUCCAGACGGGCAAAUUCACUCACCACGAACAGCUCAUCGAAAAUUGGUUAAAUCAUAGUGGUCAGAAUAUGCCUUUAGACAUUUUCCUAUCCGUUCCAAAGGGCAAAGGUCAAGUCACCAAGUCCAUCAUGCUCGGUAUCAUUCCGUUUGCAAAUCGUUGGCGUCGUCUUGAGCUCUCGGCCCCCUUCCAGACUAUCCGGCCGCUCCUCAUUAGAACUCUUGAUGCUCCUUUGCUCGAGCACGUGCGGAUGAACAUCUGUCAUAUCACAGAGUCUUCGAUGCUUGCGUAUUCCAUGGAUGUAACUUUCGUUUCAGAUGGCUACUAUCCUGCCUUUCAUAAUGCUCCGAAAUUAUACUCCUUCGACUGCGGGGCUAUCUUCGACCCCGAUACUUAUCAUGAGGAUACAUUCUCCUUCCUAACCAUUCUUCCACAGCCUCAGCAACUUACCCAUCUCGCUAUGAAUGGCAAUGCAUUUGUCCCAUCCAUCUCUGGCGGUUUCUCGUUACUGGGGGUAUAUGCGCACAAUCUUGUAUCUCUCUCUAUCCAUGUAUCUCGCGAAACUCCUGACGCAGAGGCGCCAUUUCCUUUGACCUUUCCCCAACUUCGUUCUUUAUCGGUCGUUGCGUCAUUUCCCUUUGACGGAGACCACUUUUUCGAACAGCUUACCUUGCCCGUCCUCGAAACUUUCGAAUUCACGAUAGAGAAAGAUUGUUUUAUGAAUGAUCAAGCAUAUACAAAAAUAAUAGAUAUGCAGGCCAGGUCAUCGUUUGUCCUGAAGGAGAUCGCGAUCUGCAACGCUUUUAAUGCCUCGAACCUGUGCACAUUUCUUGAAAUGCAGAACUCAUUGAGACGUUUAACCCUCUCUGCUCUCCAUUCUUGCAAACUCCAGAAUGUAGUGAGCUGGCUUUCUAACAAGCCCUCGGCCUUGCCAUGUUUACAAGAAUUGCACCUAUUGGGUGGUCAAAUGAAAAUGGGUAGUGAAGAUCCCUGGGAGGGACUAGUGGAUAUAAUUCAUGGCCGGGCUCAGUUACCUGGCGAGCUGAUGGGUGUCUGCGGGAAUCUGCAGCUACUCGAUAUCCGCAUGUCCAAGACGGCAUUUGGACGUAUGGACCAGGAUGAGUUAAAUUCACUGCAACAAUAUAGGGAUCUCGGGUUGGACAUUCGUUUCCAUAUAUGGCUUUCUAACGGGAAGUUGGUCGAUGCCGUGGAUCACCUCGCUUCCUGA